GCAAGUUAGUAUGGGAGGGCAUCUAAAGAGACGAAUAUUCCUUGGGUAGUGUAGCCGAUGAUCACUUUUCCUCAUCAUGGCGAUGGUGUGUUUUUAAAACUGUAGUGUUUAUAAAACAGGAUCCUACAUACGCGUGAGAUCUGCGCCUCUAGUUAUUCCGCCUGUCAGCAGCGUGCACAGCGCUGCGUCUGCUUCUGACGACGCGGCAGUUUUCAGGCCGGCUGCUUGGCUCUAAGGCCUGCGCACGCCCCACCCCCACCCCCACCGACCGUUCUCUGGAGAUGCUAGGGAGGCGCUCAGUCGUGCACUCUAGUCUGAGGGAACGCGGCGGAGCCUCGCGAGAUACCGGCCGCUGGCCCACGAAGAGUUAAGGGAGACAAGGCGAGAGACGCUGCUAGUCUCGGACCAGAACUGUCCCCGUCACCCGCUCGGGCCCGGCGAGAACUCCCCUCUGCCCGGCCGCUCGCCAGCCUAGUAGCUCUCUCCUGGCGGGGCUGCGGCCAGGAGGUGCGCCGAGCACUGCCGACCGCCCUCGGCUGUUUCCGAAGCCUGAGCGCUUCGGGCAGCCUCGGCUGCGCGUCGCCACCCUUCGGCUAUUUCCGACUUUCGCGGCGUUGUCCCGGCAACGCGGACGGCAAGGCUGCCCAGCGGAGGUUUCAGCCCUCACCAAGUCUGUGUUUCAUCAUGGCUCUCUAUUUUGACCAUCGAAUCAAAGCCCCGAAUUCUGUUGGGUCUCCCUUCCACAUUAGCUGGCAUGCUGUUCACCCAUUCCUGGCAGUCGCCUCCAUGAGCACAGCCUCAGGAGGCAGUGUGGAUAUCUAUCUGGAACAAGGUGAGCAUGUACCCGAAACGCAUAUUGAAAGGUCCUUCCGCGUCACUUCCCUGUGCUGGCAUCCGACGCGGCUGCUACUUGCUGUUGGCUGGGAGACCGGAGAAGUGAUAGUGUUCAAUAAGCAGGACAAGGAGCAGCACACCAUGCCCCCAACACAUGUCACUGACAUCACCGUCCUCACUUGGAACACCAAUGGGAACUGCCUGGUGUCUGGGGAUAGGCUUGGAGUCUUGCUCCUGUGGAGGUUGGACCAGCGGGGUCGGGUGCAGGGGACACCCUUGCUGAAGCAUGAAUAUGAAAAACACCUCACUCAUUGCAUCUUCAGGCUCCCCCCUCCGGGCGAGGACCUCAUUCAGUUGGCAAGGGCAGCAGUCAGUGGUGAUGAGAAGGCCUUGGACAUGUUUAACUGGAAGAAAAGCAGCUUUGGAAGUUUCCUGAAGAUGGGAUCCCAAGAGGGGCUGUCAUUCUUCAUCAGUCUCAUGGAUGGGUCAGUACACUAUGUGGAUGAGAAAGGUAAGACCACCUGUGUGGCAUCCACAGACAGCUCCAUCCAGACACUGUUCUACAUUGAGAAGAGAGAGGCACUGGUGGUGGUCACGGAGAACCUCCUGCUGUCCCUGUAUACGGUGAUGCCUGAGGGUAAAGCUGAGGAAGUAAUGAAGGUAAAGCUGAGUGGGAAAACAGGUCUCCGGGCAGACAUCACUUUGAUUGAAGGCAGUCUUCUUGUGAUGGCCAUAGGGGAAGCUGUCCUCAGAUUCUGGAACUUGGAACGGGGAGAGAAUUACAUACUGAGUCUAGAGGAGAAGUUUGGCUUUGAAAAAGGAGAGAACAUAAACUGUGUUUGCUACUGUAAAGCCAAAGGUCUUCUGGCAGCUGGUACUGAUAAAGGGCGAAUAGCCAUGUGGAAAAGAGUGGCAGGCUCUCCAAGCAGCCGAGAGGUAGAGGGCAAGGACACAUGGACCCCUCAGACCCCCACUGAGCUUGAAGGAAACAUCACACAAAUAAAGUGGGGCUCCAGGAAGAACCUCCUGGCAGUAAAUAACAUCAGCUCCAUAGUGAUCCUCAGAGAGCAAGCCAUGUCAUCACACUUCCACCAGCAGGUGGCCGCCGUGCAGGUCUCCCCAAGCUUACUCAAUGUAUCCUUCCUGUCCGUGGGGGGAGUGUACAACCUGCGCACAGACAUGCACAUCACCGGAGUGUUCGCCACCAAGGAUGCUGUGGCUGUCUGGAAUGGAAAACAUGUAGCAAUCUUUGAGCCUUCUGGAGCCACAUUACGGAAUGCAGGGACCUUUCUGUGUGAGUCCCCAGUGUUAGCAAUGCAUGAGGAAAAUGUGUAUACAGUGGAACCAAACCGAGUUCAAGUUCGGACCUGGCAGGGGACUGUCAAACAGCUCCUACUGUUCUCUGAGACUGAGGGAAACCCAUGCUUCCUGGACAUCUGUGGAAAUUUCCUGGUUGUAGGAACAGAUUUAGCUCAUUUUAAAAGUUUUGAUCUCUCCCGAAGAGAGGCAAAAGUGCACUGCAGCUGUAGGAACCUGGCUGAGCUGAUCCCUGAUGUGGGGUCCAUCGUUUCUCUCAGAUGCAACGCCAGUGGGAGCAAGAUCAGCAUCCUCCUCAGCAAGGCUGACAACACUCCUGAUUCCAGAAUCUGCUUCUAUGAUGUUGAAAUGGACACAGUGACUGUCUUUGAUCUCAAGACUGGGCAGAUUGAUCAGAGAGAGACACUACCCUUUAAUGGACAAGAAACUAACAAGAGCCACAUCUUCACAGAUGAGAGACUGACAGAUUACAUUCCCAUAAGCCAUUACUGGGAUCAGAGUGAACCCAGGCUCUUCGUGUGUGAGGCCAUGCAAGAAGCGCUGGGAGCCCAGGCUACGGGAGACAAACAGCCCUAUGCUGAGGAGGCCACCACAGUAUCUACCACUGUGCACAUGGAGGAUGUUUUGAUUUUGUCAUUCUUCGUUUCCGAAGAUCAUGGCUUCUUGCUCCAUGACAGCUUCCCUCGACCUCCUGCCUACCAAACCCUGCUGGGAAUGGAAGUGCCCCAUUAUUACUUCACAAAAAAGCCUGGAGAAGCAGAUGGAGAAGAGAGGGUGCAUUCUGAGCACCACCAUAUCCCCCAGAUGGUGGCCAGGAGACCUUUACGAGACUUUGUAGGGCUGGAGGACUGCGACAAGCCCACUCAGGAUGCUAUGCUCAAUUUCAGCUUUUUCAUCACUGUGGGAGACAUGGAUGAAGCUUUCAAAUCUAUCAAACUCAUCAAAAGUGAGGCUGUCUGGGAGAACAUGGCACGCAUGUGUGUGAAGACCCAGCGGCUGGACGUUGCCAAAGUGUGCCUAGGGAACAUGGGCCAUGCCCGUGGGGCUCGAGCACUGCGGGAGGCUGAGCAAGAGCCAGAGCUGGAGGCCAGAGUGGCCAUGCUGGCUACACAGCUAGGCAUGCUGGAGGAUGCAGAGCACCUGUACAAGAAGUGUAAGCGCUAUGACCUCCUGAACAAGUUCUUCCAGGCCUCAGGCCAGUGGCAAAAAGCUGUGGAGGUGGCUGAGCAAUAUGAUCGUGUGCACCUGCGCACCACCUACUACAACUAUGCCAGGCACCUAGAGGUCAACAAUGACUGCAGCCUGGCCCUCAACUACUAUGAGAAGUCGGACACCCACCGCUUUGAGGUGCCCAGAAUGCUCGCAGAGGACCUGCAGUCCCUGGAACUCUACAUCAAUAAGAUGAAGGACAAGACACUGUGGAGGUGGUGGGCCCAAUACUUGGAGAGUCAGGCAGAGAUGGAUGCUGCACUACACUACUACGAACUGGCUCAGGACUACUUCUCCUUGGUCCGUAUUCACUGCUUCCAGGGCAACAUUCCAAAGGCUGCUGAAAUAGCCAAUGAGACUGGCAACUGGGCCGCCUCCUAUCACCUCGCACGACAAUAUGAGAGCCAGGAAGACGUGAAGCAGGCAGUGCGCUUCUAUAUGCGAGCACAGGCCUUCAACAACGCCAUCCGCCUGUGCAAGGAGAAUGGCUUAGACGAUCAGCUAAUGAACUUGGCCCUGCUGAGCUCCCCAGAAGAUAUGAUAGAGGCAGGCCGAUACUAUGAGGAGAAGGGUGACCAGAUGGAUAGGGCAGUCAUGCUGUAUCACAAGGCUGGUCACUUCUCCAAGGCCCUGGAGCUGGCCUUUGCCACCCAGCAGUUUGCUGCCCUACAGCUCAUAGCAGAAGACCUGGAUGAGAAGUCAGACCCUGCCCUCCUAUCGCGCUGCUCAGACUUCUGCAUCGAGCACAAGCAGUUUGAAAAGGCUGUGGAGCUGCUGUUGGCUGCCAAGAAGUAUCAUGAGGCUCUGCAACUGUGCCUGGAACAGAACAUGACCAUCACUGAGGAGAUGGCAGAGAAGAUGACUGUGCCCAAAGACUCCAAGGUCCUGUCUGAGGAGUCCCGGCGUGAGCUGCUGGAACAGAUUGCCAAUUGCUGCAUGCGCCAGGGCAACUACCACCUGGCCACCAAGAAGUACACACAGGCUGGAAACAAGCUGAAGGCCAUGAGAGCACUGCUCAAGUCUGGAGACACAGAGAAAAUCGUAUUCUUUGCGGGUGUCUCAAGGCAGAAGGAAAUCUACAUUAUGGCUGCCAACUACCUGCAGUCCCUGGAUUGGCGGAAGGAGCCAGAGAUCAUGAAGAACAUAAUCAGCUUCUACACCAAGGGGCGGGCCUUAGACCUCUUGGCUGGCUUCUAUGAUGCCUGCGCCCAGGUGGAGAUUGAUGAAUAUCAGAACUAUGACAAGGCCCAUGGAGCACUGACUGAGGCUUACAAGUGCCUUUCCAAGGCCAAGGCCAAGAGCCCCCUGGAUCAGGAGACCAAGCUGGCCCAGCUGCAGAACAAGAUGACGCUGGUGAAACGGUUCAUCCAGGCCCGAAGGACCUACACAGAGGACCCCAAGGAAUCCAUCAGGCAGUGUGAGCUGCUCCUGGAGGAGACAGACCUGGACAGCACCAUCCGCACUGGGGAUGUCUAUGGCUUCCUAGUGGAGCGCUAUGUGCAGGUGGAGGAGUAUCAGAUGGCCUACCGGUACCUAGAAGAGAUGCGGAAGAAACUCCCUUCUGCCAACAUGUCGUAUUAUAUAGAUCAGCGGACCAUGGACACCGUGUACCAGGCCCUGGGCCUCCCUCUGACGCGCAUGCUACCUGAGCGGACCCGCCACAACAGCAUGGAGGACCAGGAGGAGGUGGUGGAAGAGGUAGACAAUGACCCCUGAGAGACCUCAGCCCUUGGCCAUAUGGCCUGGGUCCUGCUGCUGCUGGGAAAGCUGCUUCUGGAAUGUUCUAGGCACCAGUAGUAGCAGAGGCAUCUUUUUUGUUGAAAACUUCCAUUUCUGUAUUGUCACGUGUAAGCAGGACUGGAGGAACAGCGGGGAACACUGCUCUGUCUCAUCGCAACGUACAAAAGGAAGACUACCCCGUAUUUUAAACCAUCCCUCUAAUACUCCUGCCUCUGGCAGUUGGGUGGCUCCCAUGGAUUUCUGAUUCACUUCUUUUGAGGGGACUUGGACUCAUCUUUUCCAUGUUUUCCCAACUACAGCUGAACCUUGGGCUUGGUACCACCUGUUAUUGCUAAUUGUACAUACAAGGUUACUUGACAGUUCCUAGCAGGGACCACUAUAGCCAGGCCUGAACCCUGACAGCUGUGCCCUUUGGUCACCAGAAUGGGGAACAGGGACAUCAAGCCCCACCCAUUGGCUGCUGACACUCCUGUAACUCCAAUAAAGCCUAUUUUCUGA